AGAAAUUAUCUCAGGCCCCGUUAUUUCUAUUCAAUAGCAAACGGCAUUUAGUUUAACAAAGCAGAAUGUCUAAUACCGCCGUACAGAUAAAACCGUGUGAAACAAAGCAUAUUACCGAUGUUCCCGCAGUCAAGAGUAAUAAUACAAGCAUAUACAAAUUGUGUUCGUUCGAAGAAGUAAAAGAAAUAACAAAACAUGCGUUAAACGACGAUGCCACUGUGGUAGAAUAUAUUAUGCGACCGUAUUCCGAUGGAAAAAUCGGAUUUCUCAGCUCUCAUUAUCGCCUGGACGUACACACCUCGACAAAGAAAAAAGAAACCAUCGCGUUCUUCCUCAAGACUAUACCCUUCGAAGUACCCGUGCAAGCCGAUUACGUGGCAAAGAAGGGUGUCUUCGAGAAAGAGGCCAAGUUUUACGGUGUUAUAAUGCCGUUGCUUCGCGAGGGAUUCCGCAGAAAGCCAUGGUCGCCCAUGUGUUACAAGGUGACAAACAACUAUAUAGCAUUCGAGGAUCUAGGUGGCGAGGGUUAUUCGACGCGAGACAAGCUCUUCGACGAGACGCUGGUGCGCGCGGGUUUAAAUAGCCUCGCAAGAUUACACGCGGCCUCUUUGUUGGCAGAAGCGCGUCUCGAUGUACCCUUUAAUCAAUUACACCCUGACGCUUUUACGGAGAAAGCCUUCGAUCGCGAGGGGCUGACGCGAAAGUGGAUGGAAGUGGGCUUCGAGCUGGCCGUGGUCAUAGCCAAACGUCAUGGAUUCGACCCUCAUCUGGUACGCGUGGCUUGCGAACGAAUAUAUGACAUUACGGAGCCGUCGAGCACCAAGAUGAACGUGGUCAGUCACGGAGAUCUUUGGGGCAACAAUCUUAUGUUCAAUAACGACGUGCCGCCCAAUUGUUUGCUGGUGGAUUAUCAACUACUGAGGUACACUCCGAUGGCGCACGACAUCGCGCAGUUCCUGUAUCUGUGCACGGAUCGUAGUUUCCGAGAGACGCGGGAGAACGCGAUGCUGAAGCACUAUUACAAGACGCUGUGCGAGAUCCUGGACGCUCAUGGGGCGGUGCAAAAACCCUGCUGGUCAGAGAUAGUCCAGGGUAUGGAGGAGCAACGUGUGUCCGCUCUUAUUACCGCGGUACUUUACUUUCCUACUAUUUUGAUGGAUGAGAGUCUAGGCGCGGAAAUUUUGGGUGAUUCGGAGUCCUACACCAAGUACUGUUUUGAAGAUAGAACGGAGUUCGUCUUGUCAAACAUGAAGAAAGACUUAGUCUACGGGAGAAGGAUCACAGAAGCCGUCAUCGAACUGGCCGAGCUCGCUUCGAAAGUAGAUCAAUUACCAAAACCGUCUUAAAAAUCAGGUCGAACGAGAAGUCAGGCCGAGCUGUAAGAUUAUUUGAGGAAAUUUACUAACACACUAGAACAAAAAGCAAAAGGGCUUUUAUUUUUGAUGAGUUAGUUUGAAAGUAGCAACGGCUAUCAGCUGGAGGAAACGUUCAGGGGGACGACCGCGUUAACGUAGAGGUCCACAGCUUCUGUAGAUAUAAGCUAGUCAGCUGUACAUACAUCAUUCAUGGCAUUCAAAAAUAAAGAGCAUAUUUGUGAUAAAAGA